AUGAUUCAGAUGAAGAGACAACACUUGAUGAAGAAGCACUUGAUGAUUCAGAUGAAGAGCUUGCUGGAAGCACUUGAUGAAGAACUUGCUGGUGCAGAGCUUGAUUCAGAUGAAGAAACGACACUUGAUGAAGAAGCACUAGAUGAUUCAGAUGAUGAACUUGCUGGUGCAGAGCUUGAUUCAGAUGAAGAAACAACACUUGAUGAAGAAGCACUAGAUGAUUCAGAUGAUGAACUUGCUGGUAAAGAGCUUGAUUCAGAUGAAGAAACAACACUAGAUGAUUCAGAUGAAGAAACAACACUUGAUGAGGAAGCACUUGAUGAUUCAGAUGAAGAAGCACUAGAUGAUUCAGAUGAAGAACUUGCUGGUAAAGAGCUUGAUUCAGAUGAAGAAACAACACUAGAUGAUUCAGAUGAAGAAACAACACUUGAUGAGGAAGCACUUGAUGAAGAACUUGCUGGUGCAGAGCUUGAUUCAGAUGAAGAAGCACUAGAUGAUUCAGAUGAUGAACUUGCUGGUAAAGAGCUUGAUUCAGAUGAAGAAACAACACUGGAUGAAGAAGCACUUGAUGAUUCAGAUGAAGAAACAGCACUUGAUGAUUCAGAUGAAGAAACACUAGAUGAUGAGCUUGCUGGAGCAGAGCUUGAUUCAGAUGAAGAAACAACACUGGAUGAAGAAGCACUUGAUGAUUCAGAUGAAGAAACAGCACUUCUUGCUGGAGCAGAGCUUGAUUCAGAUGAAGAAACAACACUGGAUGAAGAAGCACUUGAUGAUUCAGAUGAAGAAACAGCACUUGUUGAAGAAGCACUGGAUGAUUCAGAUGAAGAAACAGCACUUGAUGAUUCAGAUGAAGAAACACUAGAUGAUGAGCUUGCUGGAGCAGAGCUUGAUUCAGAUGAAGAAACAACACUGGAUGAAGAAGCACUUGAUGAUUCAGAUGAAGAAACAGCACUUGAUGAAGAAGCACUGGAUGAUUCAGAUGAAGAAACAGCACUUGAUGAAGAAGCACUUGAUGAUUCAGAUGAAGAAACACUAGAUGAUGAACUUGCUGGUGAAGAGCUUGAUUCAGAUGAAGAAACAACACUUGAUGAGGAAGCAAUUGAUGAUUCAGAUGAAGACACAACACUAGAUGAUGAACUUGCUGGUGCAGAGCUUGAUUCAGAUGAAGAAACAGCACUUGAUGAGGAAGCACUUGAUGAAGAACUUGCUGGUGCAGAGCUUGAUUCAGAUGAAGAAGCACUAGAUGAUUCAGAUGAUGAGCUUGCUGGAGCAGAGCUUGAUUCAGAUGAAGAAACAGCACUUGAUGAAGAAGCACUUGAUGAUUCAGAUGAAGAAACGACACUUGAUGAAGAAGCACUAGAUGAUUCAGAUGAAGAACUUGCUGGUAAAGAGCUUGAUUCAGAUGAAGAACAGCUUGACUUAGAAGAAACAACACUGGAUGAAGAGCUUGAACUUGCUGGGUGUGAAGAUGAAGAAGAUGAAGCACUAGUGGAGGAAGAGCUAGAGAUGCAUGGCUUCGAGCUUGAUUGUGAUGAAGACGAAGACGAGGACGAACUAGAAGUAGAUGGAAUCAAUGAUUUUGAGAAUGAUGAAGUUGAGGAGUGA